AUGAUCAAGGUUAUAUUUUCAGCAUCCUUCCUGGUGAGCGUCUGUCUAGCUGGUUACGGCCAUUCAGACGACUGGAGCCCCGCUAAGUACAAAUUCGAAUAUGGUGUUAAGGAUCCCCACACCGGAGACCACAAAAGCCAGUGGGAAAUCAGCAACGAUCACGGAUUGAAGGGCGGUUAUGCUCUGGAUGAACCCGACGGCACCAAACGGGUUGUUUCGUACAACGCUGACAAAUGGAACGGCUUUCAGGCUGUUGUGAAACGGAUUGGACAUGCCGUUCACCCACCUUCCUACCGGGUGGUCAACUGUGGACACAAUCCCUGGAAGCAAUCGAACGGUUGGAUCGAUCAGCAAUCCUGCGCCAGUGGUGGAUGGAAACAUGAAGGCGGUCCGGUUGCCAUCAGCUAUGCGAACCAGAAUAGUUACCACUGA